AUGGAAUACGCGCUCACCCCGGGGCAGAUCGACACCUUCCCGAUCGGUUUUGUCUGGUACAUCCUCCUCUUGAUCCCCGUCCUCGGCACCUACAUCUUCUCGUUUGCAUACAACACGUGCGUCAAGUGUUGCUGCAACCUCAAGGCAGAUGCGCCGUUCUACGAACAAAACUCGCGGAACGCAGUUUACUCAGGCACGCCGCGCGUGAAUGGCCUCCCGCUCUCGUUGUGCUGCGGCCUGAAGGAGAAAGUGCACGGGGCAGCCUCCGCCGAUCCUGAGGCGCCGGCCGCGUCCAAGUCAGAGAAGCCCGCCUAUCCGCUCCCGACAAAGGCAUACAUCAGCUCGCUGAAGAAGGCUAACGGUCUCCUCUGA